AUGGCAAACAUCACGUUAUCUUGCAGCUUUGGAAUGAUUCAUCAAAAAAACUUGAAUCAGUCUGAGCGUUCCCAACUCGACUAUCCCAGACCAGCGACAAUUUGCUACGCCGGCCGGGAAGAAAGAUGGAAUCGACAGACUGAUAACUCGGAUGAGAAGGUUUUCUUGAUCGAUGGUGCCAUAAAGGAAUCAGGUACCAUACCUCAGGAAGCACUGGAACUUGCCACUAAGCCGGCAAAACUCACAGCUCGUCGAAGUCGUACUAAGUUUACUACUCAUCAAAAGCGAGAGCUGGAGAAGACAUUUAGCUGCUCGCCCUUCCUUUCAAUGCAGAAUUACCACAGGUUGACACAAGAACUGGGGAUUUCUGAGAAAAUCAUUAAGACCUGGUUCAAAAACAGACGGGUCAAAUGGCGCAAAGACUCGCAAAGGACUAGAACGAAUACAACAUCGACUUCUGGUCCCUCAAGGAAUACCUGCUGUCUCCGUUUUGAUCACUUGUCCUACUCAGCAAGUAAUCUGGAGGAUGAGUGA